AUGACCAAACGACGGAAAACAUCAGACUCUGGCAAUUUCAUCAGGAUCGGUGAGAAGAAAAUUUCAUUAGAGGGUUACUUCGCUCCCAGCAAGCCAAAAGACACCAAGACUGUACAUGAUGAUCCCGCCGAGCAGAGGUCACAGCAAGAACCUGUCAAGAAGCAGGCUCAACAGGAUGUGAAAAAGAACAGCCAGAAAAGAGCCAACAGGGAGCCGGGAGAUAGGGAGCUUCUGCGGCAGCGGGAAAAGCUGCCGAUUUGGAAGCAUAGGGACGAGAUUCGACAUGGCCUCAGAACUAAUGACGUGCUUAUCGUCGCGGCGGAAACAGGCUCUGGAAAAAGUACUCAAGUCCCGCAGUUUCUCUUUACGGAAGACUGGUGUCGAAAAAAGACGGUCAAGGUACGCUCGGAAAACAACAGAGUGACCGAUGCGUCCGUCGGGGGUGUCAUUGCCAUCACUCAACCACGGCGGGUAGCUGCAACAACACUGGCCCACAGAGUCUCAAGCGAAGCGGGCACGCCACUCCGCCAAGCAGGCGUUGUUCGUGAGGGCUUGGUCGGUUAUUCAGUGCGGUUUGACCACAAUGUGCCACGAGGAACGAAGAUUAAGUUCCUCACUGAGGGUAUGCUCUUGCAAGAGCUGCUUCGUGACCCUCACCUUCGACAGUACAGCGCCGUCAUCGUUGACGAAAUCCACGAGAGAAGCGUGGAUGUCGACUUGCUUUCUGGCUUUCUCAAACAAAUUGUUUCCGGGGACAAGAAUGGCCGUGGGGGUGUCCCAUUAAAGGUUGUGGUGAUGAGUGCCACCGCCAACGUGGAAUCCGUCCAGUCUUUUUUCACGGUUGAGAAUGGCACAGGAACUCUGGAGCCAGCUGUUCUGGAUAUCCCAGGUCGCCUGCAUCCUGUCGACUUGAUACAUACACCAAAGCCGGUCCCUGACGUCCAAGACGCUCUUUUGAAGACUAUUUUCAAGAUUCACUCAGAGCAACCGUGUCCUGGUGAUAUCCUUGCCUUCCUCAUAGGCCAGGAGCAAAUCGAAACUGCUCAGAAGAUCAUCGAGGACUACGCAAAGACAUUGGAUCCCACCGUUCCAAAACUUGUUCCUGUACCACUUUUCGGCCAGAUGUCCAUUGAAGCACAACAGAGGGCUUUUCAACCCGUCAAAGGCAGGAUUGUGAGAAAGGUGGUUCUAGCCACCAAUAUUGCUGAAACAUCAGUCACAGUGCCAGGUGUUCGCUAUGUUGUCGACACUGGAAAGGCCAAGGUAAAAGAGUUUCGUGUCCGGUUAGGAAUGGAAUCCCUCUUGGCAAAACCCAUCUCAAAAUCAUCUGCCAUUCAGCGAGCUGGCCGAGCAGGGAGAGAGGCUGCAGGAAAGUGCUACAGACUUUAUACGCAAGAGGGUUUCCAGUCACUCAAAGAUGCGGACUUGCCAGAAAUUUUAAGGGUCGAUGCUCUGGGUGCCGUCUUGACAAUGAAAUCCAGAGGAAUCACUGAUAUCUACAAUUUCCCCCUCAUGGAUACACCGGACGACGAAGCAUUUGACAAGGCUUUGCUUCAUUUGCACAUCUUAGGAGCCAUUGAUGAUGACGGAUCGAUUACCGAGAUGGGUACAAAGAUGGCGUCUUUUCCAGUGACAGCUCCUUAUGCGAGAGUGCUUCUUGCAGCAGCAGACCCGAAAUACGACUGCCUUUUGGAAGCAAUCGACGUCAUUUCAUGUCUUACGGCUGGAGAGGAUAUAUUCCACCAGCUUCGCUCCGAGGAAGAGCGAGAGAACGUUGAAGAAUAUCGGAAGGAGGUCUAUCGCAGGGAAGGCGAUCUCCUCACGUACUUGACAACCAUUCAGCAGUACACUGCAGAGAAUGCAGACCGAGCCGAGUGGUGCCAGCGCAGGAAGAUUAAUGUGAAGGUUAUGCGGCAGGCAUUAAACGUUCGGAAGCAGCUCCGAGGCCUCUGUCUCAAGGAGAAGAUGCUGUUGGAGACACCAGAGCCAGACCCUCAGCCCUUCAAUCCUAUGUCUCCGGAUCGUGCUGAGUUGAUGUUGAAGUGUUUCUUGAAGGGCUUCUCCGUGAAAACAGCAGUUCUUGCGCCAGAUGCCAGCUACGUCACGACACAGGGAAAACAUGUGGUGGCAAUACACCCCUCCAGCGUUUUGCAUGGUCAAAAGAAGGAAGCUAUCAUGUUCCUCGAGCACGUGUUCACAACAAAGAAUUACGCGAAGAAGGUGAGCGUUGUGCAGUCAAACUGGGUUCUUGAUGCUCUAGAGACAUAA